GACAGCGUCCUCAGCCAAUAGGCAUCAUGCGAGGGUUUGCCGAUCAAGGUCGCGGUUAUGGCUUCCUAAUACUUUGUUUAUGCCGCCGUUGCACCCCAGUAACUGCAUUUAGCGGGCUCAGUGUACAUUAUAUGACAGAUCUGCACGUUUGCGAAGAAAGCUCGGAAUCUGACACCUUCGUGCCCUUGAGUUUCUCGCCGAUGGGGCUGAGUUGUACUGCUGAAUGAGGCGAUCGCCUGUGGUACCGUAGAAGGAUGAACUCCAUCGCCGGUCGGGAUCUCGUAGUGUCCGCUGGAGCUGUCAGCAGCAACCCCGGAGCAGCAUCAUCCAGAGUCCUGCAUGUGGAGCUCACAUCACAACAGAGGCGUUUACGUCACUUGCGGAGCAUAGCAGCCCGUAAUAUUGUGAACAAGAAUGGCUCUCCUCUUCUCGACACUUACUUCACCCUUCACCUCUGCCAGGAAGAUCGGAUACCUCGAGAUUUUUAUAAGAGUGAAGUCAUCCGAGACUCAUUGAACCCAACAUGGCGGAGCUUAGAUUUCGCAAUGCUUCCGGAUCUCUUGGACACAUCUGUGUCGUGUUUUGUGGUGAGAAUAUGGGGUGGGAGGGAAGAACAGUACCAGCUGCUUAUUGAGUGGAAGGUCAACCUAGAUGGGCUCAGAUACACAGGACAACAGAUUCGCUCCAGAAAUCCAAAUGAGAUCAUCUUUGGACUGAACGAUGGCUACUAUGCAGCUGAGUUUGAUCAGAAGGAAAGUUCUGACAGGAAGAAGAACAGUUUGCUUCAGGUGGACCAGAGCUCUGUCAGAAACUCCUACAGUGUCUUCUCUUUACUGAGGCUUCAAACGGCCCAGAGAGCCAUUAAGCAGACCCAGGUGACUGUUCAGAAGAUCGGGAAGGAAAUUGAAGAGAAACUGAGGACAACAGCAUCCUGCACAGAAAAGAAGAAAGAGAGGGAGUGUAUGCAGCUACGUAUCGGGAUUCUGAGGUGCGAGUUGGAGAGACAGAGGAAGGCACUGACGAGAGAAAUGGACAUGAUGCAGAAAGAGAGAACGCAGCUUGUGAAGAAAGGGGAGGCGUCGUCUACCAGGCAUCAGGGUCUGGAGUCUGAGCGCAAAUCUUUGACGGAGUUACAGAAGGAAUGCACUGCCAAAAGGGAGCUGUUUCUAAAAUCCAACGCCCAGCUCACCUUCCGCUGUCGUCAGCUUAUAUCAGAGCUGUCCUACAUUUAUCCCAUUGAUGUGAACAAUCAGAAUGAUUAUGUGAUUUGUGGUGUCAAACUGCCCAAUUCAGAAGACUUUCAAGCAAAAGAUGACGGGACUGUUGCGGUGGCUCUGGGUUACACGGCACACCUGGUGCUGAUGAUAUCCAGCUUCCUCCAUAUUCCACUCAGGUAUCCAGUCAUCCAGAAGGGUUCCCGCUCCUCCAUCAAAGACACCAUCACUGACAAACUCUCAGAGAAGGAGAGAGAGUUCCCUCUUUACCCCAGAGGAGAGCGUUUCCAGUUUGAAUACGGUGUCUAUUUGCUCAACAAAAACAUCGCCCAGUUGAGGUAUCAGCAUGGGCUCUCCACCCCAGAUCUGCGUCAGACUUUACCCAACCUAAAGAGCUUCCUAGAGCAUGGACUACUUGUACGGUGUGACAGGCACAAUAUCUCCAUGUCCAUCCCCGUCCUUCCGCAGUGUCAUCUCAGUGUUUCCACCGCAUCCGAAGCGGGUUUUCCGACCCUCUCCAGCUCCCCUGAACGGGACAUCCCGAAGUGGGCCAGCUCAGAUGCGGAUAAACAGAAAUGCCAAACCCCUCCACCUAGUUACAACACAGCCAUGACUCAGCCUGAUCCCAUGGUCACUCCGGAAGUCCCAUCAGUGCCGUCCACAGAGAUUGUGAGCAUUGAAACAGAAGAAAGUCACAAAGGUUUGGAACGAUAUGAUGGUGAGAAAUUACAGUUUUCAUUAUUGGGUCAGCUAUUCUUCUAAUUGCCGCUCAGUAUUACAGCAGGAGCUCUGGUGGGCCAGGACCAACCAGAUAGCAAAGCCCCAUAAAUACCAGGCUCUGUGCCAGGAAGAAUGCCUGUUGGUUGGGGUGUGCAGAAAGGGCGAGGAAUGUCCGUGUAUGUCUCCUAAUGACGCCCUUUCUCAUGCUGCACACUUGAGUCCUGCUUCCAGAAGAUGAAAAACAUGCUCUCACACAUUGCGCAAACCUCUUUUUUUUCCCCCAGCCUGACUAUUGCGAGACCUUGUAUUCUUUCUGAUUUAUUCACACAGAAUUAUAAAAUCCUGACAGCUGUUCACAGUUUGAUGCUGUGUCAACACUGGAUGCGAGCAGUAUGUCACCAUGUAACAAAACUCAAUAGCUCCUAUUAGAUGCAACAAAGCUGUCUACACUUGAAUGGUUCGUUACAUCAUAUUGAUGAUGGCCCGAUUCUAUUUUUGCACAGAGUACUCCUCAAGUUUUUCUUUUUCUCUAAAUAAGAGGCUUUUUGUCGUAUCUUUAUUUUGAGCGUUGCAUUUAUUUUGAGCCACUCUGGCUUUAUUUUUCCCAUCCGCCUAAAAUAACAAUUGAUUCAAAUCAUCAUAAUUGGAUUGCAAAGAAUUGAUCUACUUUUAAAUUUAAAAUAAUUCUGACCACUACACCAAAAUCUUCUAAAAUAACUUGAACAAAUUGAAAUUUUUUACAAAUGUGAAAACUUGUGAUAUCAGUCACUUCCAGUGUUGACAUGUAAAAUACCAUGUGCAUGAACAACAGGCUUGAGAAAGUUUGUGCAAAACCUUCAGGGUUGCUGCGUCUUUAUUCUAAAAUGAUUUUUUUUUUUCCUUGGAGUUCCUUUAUUGUCAGUGAACGUUCCCACUGUGUAUAGUUAAUUCAGGUAUCAGAAAAACCAAAACACAAAUAAUGUGCACUGCAUACUGUUAAAGAGGAGCAGGAUGGCUGUUCCUCAGCAUUCACUGCAGUUUUUUUCUUCUUCAUUAUGGCAUUAAUCCUCAUUGUUUUGCGUUUCACACUGCUCUUCAAUGUAAUCGCCUCUAUGUUCACCCUGUUUCAGAAGCCAUUUGUAUGUGCUUUUUCCCCCAAGCAGUAUUCAGGACUUUUAUUUUGGUGUUUUUUAUUCCAGUCCACUUUUCAGGUGUCAGGUCCUCUUCCAUAAGAAUCACAUCAUGAAUGUAUUAAUUAGUCUCAAGAAAAGACCACAGAGUGUUGUCAGGAAGGACUAGUAUUGGUUGACUUCUACAUAAUUUCAUCCUGGCCUGAAACCCUUGUAUGAUUUCCUGUCUGUUGUAGAUUUUCCUUGAAUGACUGUUGAUACGUUGUAUUUAAGACAAAUGGAAAGAAAUGUGUUUUCAUAAAUUGCUGUGACACUGUACAUAUAAUUUUGUAUGAAGGGUGUUUUAAUAUUAAAGAUCACAGUUUAAUGAUAUAAA